GGAGUAGCUAAAAAGGCGGAGCAAAUGUGCCGUGUGCAAUACUGUAGUAGGGAUAAAAGCACUACUACACAUUAAGUAUAAUUUGAGAACAUUUACAAAAGCGAAGCUGAACACGCCAGUACAUACUCUUCUUUUCUCUUAAGUUUAAUUUUGAUAAUCAACUACCAAAAUGCCUUUCGUCCCAGUCGAACACCCAAAAUGCCCUAAAUGCGACAAAUCCGUAUACGCCGCUGAGGAACGUAUUGCUGGAGGACAUAAAUGGCACAAAAUGUGCUUCAAAUGUGAAAUGUGCGGUAAAUUCUUGGACUCAACCAACUGCGCCGAACACGACAAAGAAUUGUAUUGUAAAAAUUGUCACGGAAGGAAAUACGGACCAAAAGGAUACGGUUUCGGUGGUGGUGCUGGUUGCCUAAGUACUGACACUGGUGAUCAUCUUGCUCACGUAUCCGUCAUGCAUAGACCUGCAGCUCCAUUAGAAUCACGGGCUAUCGCUAGAGCACCAGAAGGCGAAGGAUGCCCUCGCUGCGGAGGAUAUGUGUACAUGGCUGAGCAGAUGUUGGCUAAAGGAAGAGGAUACCAUAAAGAAUGUUUCAACUGUAUUUCCUGUCAUAAAACACUAAAUUCAGUGAUACACUGUGAUGGACCUAAUAAUGAAGUUUAUUGUAGAGUUUGUUAUUCGAAGCGCUUUGGACCCAGAGGUAUAGGGCAUAGUGGAACAGGAGGUCAGUCAAUUGGUUUGACGUGUGACCUGAACGAUGAAAUUGAAAGGGAUGUCAGUACAUCUCGUGCGCCUGUUGUUGAUACUACUUCAAUAAAAGCUAAACCUGGUCAAGGUUGUCCUCGUUGUGGAGGUGUAGUGUUUGCUGCUGAACAAGUCUUAGCUAAAGGAAGCGAAUGGCAUAAAAAAUGUUUCAAAUGCAAGGAUUGUAACAAAACGUUGGAUUCAAUUAUUGCUUGUGAUGGACCAGAUCGUGAUGUAUACUGUAAAACAUGUUAUGGUAAAAAAUGGGGUCCUCAUGGAUAUGGUUUUGCUUGUGGAUCUGGUUUCCUUCAAACUGACGGCUUAACAGAGGACCAAAUAUCUGCUUCGCGUCCAUUUUACAGUCCAAACACAACGUCUAUUUUAGCUCCCGAAGGAGAAGGAUGUCCAAGAUGCGGAGGUAAAGUUUUCGCUGCUGAACAACAACUCGCUAAAGGAACAAUGUGGCAUAAAAUUUGCUUCAAUUGUGCAGCUUGCCAUCGGCCAUUAGACUCUACUUUAGCUUGUGAUGGUCCAGACAGAGAAAUUUAUUGCCGAUCAUGUUAUGGCAAAUAUUUUGGACCAAAAGGUUUUGGAUAUGGACAUUCACCAACUUUGAUUUCUACAAAAGGAGAAAACACAAUUUUAUUCCCAGAAUCUAGACCUACGUCAGGAAUAAAAAGUAGAAAUGGUAAGGGAUGCCCAAGGUGUGGAUAUGAAGUUUACGCUGCUGAACAAAUGAUUAGUAAAAAUAAAGUCUGGCACAGAAGAUGCUUUACUUGUGGUAGCUGCAGUAAAUCUUUGGACUCUACUAAUUUAACCGAUGGUCCAGAUGCAGAUAUCUAUUGCAAAGCAUGUUACAGUAAACAUUUUGGACCUAAAGGUUGUGGAUUUGGAAUAGGCGCUGGCGCCUUAACAAUGACUUAAUUUUACUAUUAAAAAAAAAGAAAUUAAUUAAAUACUAAAGAAAAAUUUUAAUUUAAAAUAAACCUAUUUUAAUAAAUUUAUGCGUUAUGCUCUUAAUGUAUUAUCAACUACACUAAUAUAAUAAAAUCCUUAAAACAAAUAUA